AUGGGAUCUGAUAAAGGACAGAAAAACAGCUUCUUUGGAAAAUUCCAAUACACAAAUCUCUGCAGUUUCUGGCGAUCAUUUGAACGUUCUAGGCAAAACAUCAGUUAUUUUUUACAUCAAUGGAAUGUAAUUACAGAGGUACUCAUUGUUGAGAUAGAUAUUGAUGGCAUUAUAGGUUUAGACUUUGUGAAAGCCAAUAACUGCCAAUUAGACAUUCACACAAACACUAUUACUGUAAAAGGUACGCCUUGUCAAAUAGUACAGACUGGUCAGCUAGGCUGCUACAGGGUACUAUUGCAGAAUUGUGUUACAUUUCCCCCCAGUUCAGAAUUGAUAGUUACUGGAGAGCUUUCUAUACCACCUUCAAGGAAAAAUGAACUUAGUAUUAUAGAACCAUUACAUGACUUCAAUAAAUGGAAUACGGGCCUAGUAUCUAAAGCACUUGUGCAUGCCGAAAAUACCGUUCCUGUAAGGUUACUGAAUACAAGUCAGGAAACUGACAAAUACUAUCCAGGUACACACAUUGCCAAUUUAAGCCUCGUGUCUCAAAUAUCCCCGGUUACUGCAAAGACACAAAGUCAUAUACGUCCAAAUCAAGUCCCAGAACAGUUGUCAGAUGUUUAUCAAAUAGCUACUAUAGGGCUUACAAUGGCACAAUCUCGUCAAGUAGCUGAUCUUCUAAAAAAGCACUCUAAUACAUUUUCCAAGACUGAUACUGACAUUGGUAGGACGGGCAUUAUUAGACAUAAUAUCAAUAUAGGAAAUUCCCAUGCCAUCGAACAACUUUUAAGAACAAUGCCAGUUCACAUGCAGGAGGAAGCAGCAAAGAAACAAAUUCAAAACAUGCUAGAACAAGUUGUCAUUCAACUGUCUUCGAGUCUUGGGCAAGCGGAAUUGUUAUGA